AUCGCAAAGAAAAAAGUUCGAGGACCCUCCAGCCGGCUGCAGCACGCAGCGACCAGAAUCUGGAGAAUCGGCGCUCUGGCAGUCUAGUCUCCCAAAAGACCAAGCAGCCCUUUCCCCGUCUUGCCAAUUGUCCUCACGCAGCACCUUUGUGAGUGGUCGGACUCGGGUCAUUUCUCUCUUCUCUUACCCUUUCUGGCAUAUUCCUCACAUCUGCAGUCGCGACAAUGGGUGUUGGUCGGCGCAUGAAAAAACAAGGGCCACCUGAGCCCUUGUCCGAGGCUCACUUUGCCAAACUCAAGCGCAAGGCUGGCCUGCCUGUUGACGAUGUUCCUGCCGAGACUCGUGACAACAAGAAGCGCCGGACUGGCAAGAACGCCGCCCCUACAAAACCCAACGGGACCGCGCAGAAGAAGUCGGCGCAAAAGGCGAAUGGCGCAAAACCUGUUGCUCAGCAGAACGGUGCCCGGUCGAAGCCAUCAGGCAAGAAGGCGGCGCCUGUUCCCGGCUCAGACGAAGACGUCAGCGAUGGAUUGGGCGACGGGUUUGAUGGCUCAGACAUGGACGAUUCCGAUCUGAGCAGCGACGACGACAUGGAUGGUGGCCUCGGCGAUGACUUCCUCGGUUCGGACGACUCCGUGUACGACUCCGACAAUGAAAUACAGAACAAGGCCAUGUUCUCCGAAGAUGAAGACGAAUCAGACGCGGAGGAGAAGCUGACAGCUGCCAACAUUGCGGGCUUGACGAGGAAACUUGACGAGCAACUCGCUCAAGAAGAAGCUGAUAACGAGGCGGAACUUCGCGACAGUGCCAUGCAGACCAACAUCGACGUCGAACGUCCUCAUGUACUGGAAGACGAGGAAGAGGAUCAGCUGGCAUUAAAAACCAAAGCUCUACUGGCGCCGGAUCUGCAGUUGUUGAGGAACAGAAUCAACGAGACGAUACGAGUGCUUGAGGAUUUUGCAAAGCUCGCCGAAGAGGGCAGGUCCCGUGCCGAGUACACUGCUCAGCUGCUCAAAGAUAUCUGUGCCUAUUAUGGCUAUUCCGACUAUUUGGCCGAAAAGCUCUUCAACCUCUUUACACCCCGGGAAGCCUUUGAGUUCUUCGAGGCCAACGAGUCUGCAAGACCUGUCGUCAUCCGCACAAAUACUCUUCGAACUCACCGCAGAGAUCUUGCCCAGGCACUAAUCAACCGCGGUGUCACUUUGGAGCCUGUCGGCAAAUGGUCCAAGGUCGGUCUCCAGAUCUUUGAAAGCACAGUGCCGCUCGGUGCCACCCCUGAGUAUCUCGCUGGCCACUAUAUUCUGCAGGCCGCUUCGUCUUUCCUCCCAGUGAUGGCGUUGGCCCCGCAGGAGAACGAGCGGUGCUUGGAUAUGGCUGCCGCUCCUGGUGGUAAAACGACCCAUAUGGCAGCCAUGAUGAAGAACACUGGUUGCAUCUUUGCAAACGAUCCCAGCAAGCAGCGUGCCAAGGGUCUUAUUGGCAACAUCCAUCGCUUGGGAGCCAGAAACGUGGUUGUUUGCAACUACGACGCCCGCGAGUUCCCUCGCGUCAUCGGUGGCUUUGACAGAGUGCUGCUUGAUGCCCCAUGCUCCGGUACUGGUGUCAUCGCCAAGGAUGCUUCUGUCAAGACCAACAAGACGGAGAAGGAUUUCAUGAUGCUGCCACACAUCCAGAAGCAACUUCUCUUAUCCGCCAUCGAUUCAGUCAACCACGCCAGCAAGACCGGCGGCUUCCUGGUCUAUUCGACAUGUUCUGUCACAGUUGAGGAGAACGAAGAAGUCGUCAAUUAUGCCCUACGAAAGCGGCCCAACGUGCGCCUGGUUUCGACUGACCUGAGUUUUGGCCGGGAAGGUUUCACCAGCUACCGUGGCAAGAACUUCGAUGCUAGCCUGAAGCUUACCAGGAGAUACUACCCGCACGCAUACAACGUGGAUGGUUUCUAUGUUGCCAAGUUUCAAAAGGUUGGCCCAACACCGCCCAGCCUCGUCAAGGACUUCAACAAGAACCAAGACUCUGCGACUAAGGCCACUGCCCAGGCUUCGGGCGGCGAGACUGAGGAUGAGAUCAUUGACAAGACGCCCAUCGCCGCUGAUGAUAAGCUGGCUGGAACCGUUGGUGUCGAAGAUGAUGGCUUCGGUGGCUUCGAUGAGGAGGAGGACAAGGAGUACAUGGAGAAGGCUAAGCGCAACGCCAUGCGUCGGCGCGGUCUGGACCCCAAGGCUUUGGACAAGGGCAAGGCUAAGGCUGCGAAGUCGGACGAGAGCAGCAGUCGCAAGGACAAGGCAGAGCCCAAGGAGGGCAAGGGCAAGGCCGAUGGUGUCAAGACGAAGAGCAAGAAAAAGGAGAAGACCAAGGCUUGAGUAGGCCGACUUCACAUAAUUGUGCACAUAGCAGCGCGUUUCGGUAUUUAUAGAAUACGAGGAAUUGUUUUCUUCUGGCGAUAUGUAAUGGCCGGAACAAGCACUGUGCCGUUUUGACACCGUCGUGUUAUACACAUCGGCAUGUAGAAUCAGGGUUAAUGCAACUAUACCAUGGAUGGCACCCAUUGGACUGGCGCGAUACUUUCCAGCAUCGAAUCACUCUUCAUCU